AUGGACAUCUCUGACGUCAGUCCUUAUACUGCAGUGGGACGACCCAUUAAGUAUUCUCCUAUUACAGGCAAAUCGAUACGUCCUUUGUACUCAGCAUUUGCUUCUGUGCCAAUUAUCCUCGCAGCUGCAUUACCCAUUACCACCGCAGACUCUCCCGCACCUUCCCGCACCUGCGCCAACGGAGGAGCAGCCAUAAUGUGUUAUAAUAACCAUGACUUCAUUAUACUUAUAAAAAACCUCGUGCAAGCCAAACCAGGGACGCAGCUGGUUCUGCAGACGGAGGCAGCCAAAGCCCCUCUGGUGAUCGUGGCUGUAGGAUGCGACCACUACCGACGUCUUCCAGCGCACCUCCUUCAGGGCAAAGUGGUGGUGGACGUGGCCAACCCUACUUCUCCGAGAGACACCAGCCAACCAAGUUUCGCUGAAGAGUUACAGAACUUGAUACCCAAAGCUCAAGUCGUGAAGGCUUUUAAUGUUCUCUCAGCCUACGCUUUGGAAAACAAUGUCCAGCAGGCAGCGAAACAGGUCAGUGAUAAGGGAAACCAUGUAAUGGCGAAGAGCCUGGUGAUCGAACUGGUCAAGAAGAUGGGUUACACGCCCGUGGAUCGAGGGGACCUCAAGUCGGCCAGAGAGAUCGAGGCCAUCCCGCUGCAACUCAUGCCGUCGUGGCAGAGGCCGCUCACCAUCGUGGGCAUCAUGUGGCUCAUACACUACCUCAUCCUGUUUUUAAACAUGACGAAACCUGAACCCCAAAUGGCACACAAGGUAAAGCCCAUGCACCCUUAUCUAACCCUUCUCCCUCAGCAUGUUAAAAGGUUCCAGAUGUGCGGCGCCCUUCACGAGGGAGAGACCUGGACGGAGAGAACCUUCAAACACCUGGCGCUCCUCAACCUGAACCGCGCCUCGGCCAUCACCGCUCUCUGGACCCUUUCGCUGUGCUACCUGCCUGGCGUGAUAGCAGCUUACUUGCAGCUCAUCCGGGGAACGAAGUACAACAGAUUUCCCAGCUGGCUCGACGCGUGGCUCAAGAUGAGGAAGCAACUCGGGCUAUCCAUGCUGUUUCUUGCAACUGUUCACACGUGCCUCGGCCUUGCCGUGUGGUCGAGCAGGUACGACGGCCUGGUGUGGGAGAAGCCGCUCAUUUUCUCCGCCAAUGUCAAGGUCAACGAAACGACUUUUGUUUCGAAGAAUAUAACGGUCCACGAUUCAUUGAUGAGCCUUCAGGGAGAAUUAUUUCUUACCUUUGGAAUGUUUUCAAUGUUCAUAACCUUCAUUUUGGGCGUGUCUUCUUUGCCCUCCGUGGGAGCGACGCUGACGUGGCGGGAGUUCACCUUCAUCCAGAGCAAGCUUGGCUGGAUGGCGCUGGUCACGGGCACGAUCCACGACGGCCUCCUCGGCUGGGGCUUCUCGAUCAAUGACUACCUGGUGUGCUCACUGCCCUCGGGCGCCCAGUAUGCCUUGCAUUUCCCGCUGCUGACGAUCGCGUUCAAGUUGCCUCUCCUGUUGCCCUGCGUUGACAACGCCCUGCAGAAAAUCCGGCGGGGCCACGACAGGAAGAAGAAGAAGACUGUUUCCCCGAUUAACAGCCAGCCGCUCGACAUGACCAGACGUCAGCGAGACCAUGGACUGCGAUUUGUUCAGCCGUACGGUACAGAUGUUCCAGCUAGAAUGUAUGGCAACAAUGCAUAAGGACAGCUCAAAGAUACAUGCUAAUUCACACAUUCUC